AUGACUAUUGCUAGUAAUUUAGGUGGUUCUACUCCUUGGGACGACUUCACCUACACUGGUCAACUCACCACUAAGUGGUCCACUGAUGCGUCUGUGCUGCGGUUCAUGGACUACGGAAACUUCAUGAUGUUCUCAUGCUUCCGCGGUGUGACAUAUCAAUCUAUUUGCAUUCAACAGCUCGGAUCCGACUAUGUCUCCUUGACGGGCGAUAUCUAUGUUAUCUCCCAGCCUACCAAGUCAUGGGAAAUAAACGGCACGCCUGUGAACGAAGCACCUGCCGCUCUUUACUUCGGAGGAACGACCUACAUAUAUUAUUCCGCUUCGUACUGUUGGACGGCAAACUAUUGUUUCGGGCUAUUGACAUGGGACGGCUCUACAGAUCCCACUGAUUCUAGCGCUUGGUCGAAGAAUGAUGGAUGCGUUUCCUCUUCCGCGAAUGGAAAUUAUCGCAUAGGAAGCAAUGGUUUCUUCCAAAGUCCAGAUGCGAGUCAAACAUGGAUCGUUUAUCAUGCCACAGAGUACACCUCCGGUGCGCGCAAUGACACGAUGGAAGUCCAAAUUUCGGCAGUCCAGUGGCUUGGACUCAUGCUUAUAGCGAGCCAAGCGGAGAAUAAGUCUAAGGAGGCUACCAUGGGUAUUCCACUUACCUAG